GCGCGGAGCUGUCACCCCGCGAGCAGGCUGCGCACCAUCCGGGCCGGAGCCAGCGCCACAGACUCGGGCGCCUCGGGCCGGGGAGCGCAGAAGAGCCAUGGCCACCACCAACGGGGCCGUGGAGAACGGGCAGCCGGACAGGAAGCCGCCUGCCCUGCCGCGCCCUGUCCGCAACCUGGAGGUCAAGUUCACCAAGAUAUUCAUCAACAAUGAAUGGCAUGAAUCCAAGAGUGGAAAAAAGUUUGCCACAUAUAAUCCUUCAACUCUAGAAAAAAUAUGUGAAGUAGAAGAAGGAGAUAAGCCUGACGUGGACAAGGCGGUGGAGGCCGCACAGACUGCCUUCCAGAGGGGCUCGCCCUGGCGCCGCCUGGAUGCCCUGGGCCGUGGCUGGCUCCUGCAUCAGUUGGCUGACCUUGUGGAGAGGGACCGAGCCAUCCUGGCUACCCUAGAAACAAUGGACACAGGGAAGCCAUUCCUUCACGCGUUUUUCAUCGACCUGGAGGGCUGUAUUAAGACCCUCAGAUACUUUGCAGGGUGGGCUGACAAAAUACAGGGCAGGACCAUCCCCACAGAUGACAACGUGGUGUGCUUCACCAGGCAUGAGCCCAUAGGUGUGUGUGGGGCCAUCACUCCUUGGAACUUCCCUCUGCUGAUGCUGGUGUGGAAACUGGCGCCCGCUCUCUGCUGUGGGAACACCGUUGUCAUGAAGCCGGCCGAGCAGACCCCCCUCACUGCCCUUUACCUGGGCUCCCUGAUCAAAGAGGUUGGAUUCCCUCCAGGAGUGGUCAACAUCGUGCCAGGAUUUGGGCCCACGGUGGGAGCAGCAAUUUCUUCUCACCCUCAGAUCAGCAAGAUCGCCUUUACGGGGUCCACAGAGGUUGGAAAGUUGGUUAAAGAAGCCGCCUCUCGGAGCAAUCUGAAGAGGGUGACACUGGAGCUUGGGGGGAAGAACCCCUGUAUCGUGUGUGCUGAUGCUGACCUGGACUUGGCCGUGGAGUGCGCCCAUCAGGGAGUGUUCUUCAACCAAGGUCAGUGCUGCACGGCCGCCUCCAGGGUGUUCGUGGAGGAGCAGAUCUACGCAGAGUUUGUCAGGCGGAGCGUGGAGUACGCCAAGAAGCGUCCCAUCGGAGACCCCUUCGACGUCAGAACGGAACAGGGGCCGCAGAUUGACCAAAAGCAGUUCGACAAAAUCCUUGAUCUGAUCGAGAGUGGGAAGAAGGAGGGAGCCAAGCUGGAAUGUGGGGGUUCAGCCAUGGAAGACAGGGGGCUCUUCAUCAAACCCACUGUCUUCUCAGAAGUUACUGACACCAUGCGCAUUGCCAAAGAGGAGAUUUUUGGACCGGUACAGCCAAUACUAAAGUUCAAAAAUAUCGAAGAAGUGAUAAAAAGGGCAAAUAGCCUUGAAUAUGGACUCACGGCGGCCGUGUUCACAAAAAACCUCGACAAAGCCCUGAAGCUGGCUUCUGCCUUGGAGUCUGGAACUGUCUGGAUCAACUGUUACAAUGCCAUCUACGCACAAGCACCAUUUGGUGGCUUUAAAAUGUCAGGAAAUGGCAGAGAACUUGGUGAAUAUGCGCUGGCUGAAUACACAGAAGUGAAAACUGUCACCAUCAAACUCGAUGACAAGAGCCCCUGAAGGAAAGGCGGGCUCCUUCCUCAAACCUUUGACAGCUGAAUGUGGCAGAUGGAACUUUGCCGAAGAAAACCUGCAUUUCCCGCCUUCCCGGGUUACUCUGCUCUGGAGACUUUAAAUCUACUGGAUUUGAACGAUUUCAAUUUUCCUCUCACACUCCUGUUUCAUUGACCAAUAUGUUGUGUAUGUGGCAUUGCAGUCCUGCCUGGGGAUGGAGCUAGUGGCCAUUUCCGUUUUUCCCUUUCAACCAGGUCCCCCAGGGACAGUGAAGAGGCUCAGGGCGAGGCCAACAGGAAGUGGUAUUUGAAGUCUCCAGCGGUCACUUAAAAAUGUUUUGCCGACUCUGACUCCAGUAAGAACUUGGAAAAACUCCCGGCUUGUUCUGCAAACAGGGCCCUGCACCUGUGGCCUCCUUGGGGUUACCUGCCCACAGAACGAGCCCCUCCCACCAGUUAGUGGGAAAGAAACAGGACUAAAUU